UUUUUCGUAAGCGUCAACUGAAUAUCAUCGAAUCUAAAAGCAUUCCUCGUCAUUUCUCAAAAAAAAUCGACACGAGAAUAUACACGCAUUUGGUAACUGAUAUUUAGUUAUUUGCUUCUCGCUUCUUAAUAAAGGAUUUUUCGUUUUUUCCUAUUGUCUCAGACUAAUUGGUUGAACAUGGAUAUAUCCGGCUACAAACAACUAAAUACUCGCAUGUGCGCACGCGGUAAGCGGCCUUUGCGCAAUUUAACGCCAAAUGACAAAGUCCGUGCGAUUCAACGUAUUCAUAGUGGGGAGACAAAAGCGUCUGUAUCUCGAGAUAUCGGAGUACCGGAAUCAACGCUACGAGGCUGGUGUAAAAAUGAGCAAAAGUUACGCUUUAUGUGCCACCAAAUUAACAACUCAAGUAGCUACGAAAUUUUCCCGAAUUUAUCGCAUGAAAAUUUCCAAUCAGCGGGGAAAAAAAGGAAAUUAGAUACAAGUAAUCCGUUUAAUAUGACCACGAAGUUCAUUACAGAAAUUUCGAAUACCGACAAAAUGAAUAGCUUAAAUUCAUCUACAAAUGAUAACAUUAAAUGUGAUAACUCACUGCUAGAAGACGCCUUAGGUGAGCUCAUAAAGGGUAACCUCUUGCAAAAUUCGGAAGGAAUGAAAAAUAAUAUAACUAGAGGAGGAGGAGGGGAAAUACCUCAUACGUUUUCACUGCCAUGUUCAACCACAACAACGAGUAAUGCGAAAAAUAUUUUUAAACAACACAUUUUGAAAAAUUCUAUGUCAAUAUCAGGUGCACAUCCAUUCUUCUCUUCAGUGCCAGAAAAUUGUAUGCCAAAAGCAGUUCAGUCUGGAACCCAUCUUAAUAGUCGAGAAAAUUGUUAUACCCACUAUUAUCCGAAAUAUUUUAAUAAAGAAAUCACUUAUUCUACUGAAACAAGCGACUACAGCCCACCAUUGGGAGAAAGUAAGAACGGUUACAUCAAUAGAAAUGAAAUCGAUAGUACAUACAAUAAUACCAAUGAAGAGGAAUCUAAAUUUCUACAAUGGCAAGCGAUUUUUAAUGCAAGUUUAAACUUCUUCGCUCUAGCUUCAGCUGCUACAACGCUUCAACCAGCUGGUUUAUAUGGCAUUAAAAGCGACAUAUCGAAAAUAUGCACUUCGUCAGAAUAUUCGAGAGCAUCUCCCUGCGAUAUUAGUACUUCGAUAGUUCAAAAUGAUGUUUUAAAUGAAGCGCCCGAAGAUUUAUCUUUAAGCUCAGCAAAUUCUAAAACGUUCGCUACUGUCAAGAGUCUUUCACAAAGCCCUGUUAAAAGCAGCUCCGCUGGAUCUGAUUAUUACAUUUAAGUUCACUCCUCGAAAUGAUAUAACUGUUAUAUAAUUAACAUGAUAAAAUGUACAUAUGAAUAAGUGUGUAUUAUACCAGAGAAGCUUAGAAAAUA